GAGGGGCCACAAGCAAUGCAGCCUUUCGCAGGGGAGUCGAAUACCUGGGCAGCUCCAAAGCAGGCGCAGUUCAUGGUGGGUGCGAAGGGACGGGGUACGGUGCACAGUCCCAACAUUACACUGGUACUAGAAGUACCAUCUUUCCCGCCUUCGCACAGCAGCACAAUGCAUGCAUGUGGUCGCACGCACCGAGGUGGGGAGGCACGUGGUGAAAAGAAGUGUGCAACUAGGGCAUGACAAACAGUACGGACCGCUCUGGACAAGAACACAAUGCAGCGUUAUUGACGUGCUUGAAAAAACGCGACAUGCACAAGCGAACAUGACGUGAAGUGGGCACAGGGUGGGUCAGGAUGGGUGCUGGUGGGCGCACCUGGGCGCACAGCUUCGUAUGCCCAUAUCGGGUGAGAACUGUAGGCUUGCAAACCGUUGGCAUGGCCGGAUGUGGAUGAACGGCACCAUCUCCGUGGGCUGGAGGGGCUCCACCCGAAGCGUGGGGGCCGGGGAUGAGAUGACAGUAGGCCAAAAUGCCGUGGGCGCAUCCGCCUUCAAAUUGUUUACGGUGCUACAGUUAUAGCUCUGCCUAUCGCAUAAUAUUGAGGUUCAUCCCACCAUGUCCGCGAUAAUAGGCAGCCAUUCACAAUUGCGUUUGGCUACGCCGAGGAAUGGCGCGCCGCAAGCACCCCGACGUUUAAGAGGUGGAGCUUUAGGCCUUACCAUGUGUACAGAUUGCUGGCGCGGCGUUGCGGGGCCGGAGGGAGUCGGCCCAAGGCUCGGACGGGGGUCGCUGGUGGUGCCUCACCCGACAUCCGCAGCAACGGCAAAUAAAGAGCGGCUGUCAAUGCUGCAGCUCCAGCCGUCCUGCGCUCGGAACGUGUCUGCCUCGGCAUUACCGGACGGCAGUGGCGGCAGCAGUGGCGGCAGCGUCCCCGGAGCUGAGGGCAGCGGUGACGCCGCGGGGCCCUCUGGCCGCGACGCCACGUCGCGGCCACGCACAGGCGCCGAUGCGUCCCGGGAUCCCAACGGGCAUCAAGUGGCGAUGGGAUCAGAGGGAGAAGGGACACGGAGUGCCGGUGCUAGCGGCAGCGCAGAAGCGGGCGCGCAGGCGGGCGCGGAGGCGGAGCCGCCUCCGAGCCUGGGCGUGCGCACCGCGCUGUCCAUGCUGGCCUUCUACCGCAACGUCAUGUCGCCAUUGAUGCCCUCCACAUGCCGCUUCCUGCCCUCCUGCUCCAACUACUCCAUUGAGAGCUACAAGAAGUUCGGCGUGAUCAAGGGCUCCGUGCUGACAGCCUGGCGCCUGAUGCGGUGCAACCCCUGGGGCGGUCGCGGCUACGACCCCCCGGCCUGGCCGCCUGUGGGCCUGGAGGCGGUAUACGCGGUGCCGUACACCCCCGAGAUCACGGUGGUGGGGGGCGUGUGGCUGGCCUACUGGUUCGUCGCCUCCACCAUCGACUCAAUUGCGUGGUAGCCGUCGUGCAAGGGCGGCGGCGGCGAGUGGCAGCAGCGGCAGCAAGGGCGGCGGCAGCGAUGGCAGUUUUGGUGUGUUGUUGGGCCUUGCCUGUGUCCGGCAGCGCUCUGUGGCGCGUGUGUGUUGUGACGCGGUAUGUCCAUUCGGCAGCUGUGCUGUGUUGGGUGGUGCAUUGGGAUACAGAUGCCGCAGGCCGCCGUGCGGCUGGUGGACGUUGAGUUGGUGACAGUCCGUGUGGGGCGUCGGUGGUGGAGCUGUUGAGGGACGGCUGCAGCUGUGCCCGACGAGGAGGAUACGAAGGGUGCGAAAUGUCUGACGCAGGCACAGAUAGAGCCAUG